AUGGCGGCGGAGUCUUGGUAUUAUGCCAUAGGUUGUAUGGAUGCGAAGGUACGUGCAACCUCGAAUGGGGGAGAUAAUUUUUUCGCAAUAGAACGGGAUGCGAAUUUAUUUUACCGGGGAUUCCCGUGCACAUGGAUGAAAGGAGAUCUGUUAAACAAGAAUUUACCUACGGAUUUUAUAGAACGUGGUGCAUACAAGAAUAAAAACACAGCCCGUUCUCCGGAGAAGCUCGUGGAAACAAGACAAUUGUGGUAG